GCUAUCAGUCGCUAUCGCCGCGCGCCGCGGCACGACGCCCAGUCAGACACAGAAGGCUCGGCGGCUGACCGGCAGGACCAACAGAGUAGCAACGGCCCCACCGCCAUCAUGGAGUGCGACAUCUGCCUCGAGGACUACAACGAGGUGGAGCACGUGCCCAAGAUGGUGCCGUGCGGGCACACCGUGUGUCUGAGGUGCCUGGAGCAGAGCGACAGGAAGGAGUGCCCGACGUGCCGCUGGGAGUUCGAGGUCGCCCCGGACGCACUGCGCAAUAACUUUGCUCUCCUGCGGCUGAUUGAGCGACCAGACAGGCCGUCCCGCGGCUGGUGCUCGGACUGCCGCGCCUCCGCCGCGGCCCGCUGCUGGGGUGAGGACCACGACGUCCUGCCCGAGAGGAGGGCCCUGAGGCGCCACCUGCAGGGCGCGCUGCAGCAGGCGCCUGGGCAGCUGAAAGUCCUGCAAGACCAGUGCCAGGGGGAGCAGGUCGUUCAGGCCCUCACCCUGCUGACUGCAGAGUCCUGCAGCUUGACCCUCAAGGCCGGCAGCCACGAGCUGACGGGCAACGUGGGGAACACGGAGGACCCCCUCACCCAGCUCAUGUGGAUGCUGGUGGCCGCGAAGGCCGGCCUCACCAAGAGUCGUGUCGAGUCGCGGGGUCCCCCGCCCGCAGACCCGGGCCCAGCACCUCCAGAGGCGCGGCCGGUGCGGGAGAUGAAUGUGUGUGAUGUCAGCGCGACCGACCCCAAUGCCCAGCAGCAGGACAAGGCGGCCCUCCUCUCAGCAGCGCCGGGGGUGACCAAGCUGGCCAGCAUUCACUGCCACGCGGACCCCGCCUGGAGCCUCCAGCUGCUGGUAUUCGCCGCGCCAACGCUGGAGCGCCUGCGUGUGCUCAACCCCCGCGAGGCCCACCUGCGCGCGGUGCACGCCAUGCCGCGGCUGAGGAGGCUGGACAUGGAUGGUGAUGCCGCCCUGGACGCCCAGACCCCCGAGCUGCCCUCGCUGCCGCCGGGACACGCCGGCCUGCAGUGGCUCAGGGUGUCGUGCCACCUCCCCCGCGCCACGACACAGUCCCUGCUGCGGGCGCACAGCAGCACGCUGGAGGAGCUGGAGCUGCAGGUGGGCACGGCGGGGAGUUAUGGGUGGCCACGGAACUGCAGCGACCUGCACUCGCUGCUGCAGCAGAGCGGGCUGCGGGCGCUCAGGAGGCUCGUGCUGCGGAGGUUACCGGGCUACAGACACGGGGCAGCCGACUGCAGCGAGCAGCGCGCCGAGGUGCGGCGGGUGCUUCCCGGGGCCGAGGUGCUGUGCCGCACGUGUGACAAAGUGAAACUUGAUUCGGUCUAGGAGAGCAGUGCGGGCCGGCAUGCGCACAUGCGUGGGCCAAGGCCCUCGUCUUAAGGAAAGGGAGAGAAAGGGGGAAUACUAUUACUUUACUGCAUGUUCAAUAUAUCUCCAUUACCGUCCAUUACUUAA